UUUGGUGCUGUAUAAUAUUAUCUCUUUUGUCUGUGGUUGUAUGAUAUUAGACACUAGAGCUAGUGUCUUCUCGGAUUGUUUACUUCUCGUCUAGUUGUUGUUUACUAUUAUCUACGAUAAUGAUUUUCAUCGCAGUAAUUGAUUAAGUCCUUCGAUUCAGCAACGGUGCUCGUGUUGCAAUAAUAUACCGUCUAACUUUUAAACAAUUUAAUAAAAUAUGGCAAAGCGCAAAACUGAUAAUUCUUACCAAUGUGAUUCAAAACGAUUCUCAGUACCUUUGCCUGAUUUUUCUGUGCCACCGCCCGGUUUCAAUUCAGCACCUUUUACUUCACAAAAUUUUCAAUCGAAUUGGUUCAGUGGUCCAGCACAGCAGCAGCAGCAGGCCUCGUAUGGAUUUUACAAUUACAAUGCCGCCGAAACAUCUAAUUUUGCUAAUGCUUCCGCAUUUUUUUGGACCCCGAACAAACCUAGAAAUUUUCAAAAUGCUCAACAAACUCGACCAUCAGUGAUACCGAAUCUUAAGCUUAGAGGUCGCGGAAGAGGCCGCGCACCAGGACGAGGAAAUGAUUCUUAUAUUAAUAAGUCACCAAGAAGUUCAAAUUCAAGUGGUGGAGCACCGCAAUGGUUUCCAAAUAGCAUGAACAAUUCAAAUUCUCGUUUCUCCAAUAGUUACUCUAAUGAUAAUGAUAGAAUUUCUGAAUCUGGCAGUAUAAAUGAUGAAAAAAAUGAAAGUAAGAAGACUAUUGUUAACAAGAAAGGUAAACGCAAGUCAAUGUCUCAAAAAUAUUCAUCGAAGCCUUGGGAUUUAGAAUCUGCUGAAAAAGCAGUUGCUGUAGAAUUAGAAUAUAAUAGACUACAGAAUACACAAUCCUUAAUUCUAAAAUUUCCUGAUGCCGAGUUAAAUAAAGAAAUAGUUAAGAAUUUCAAUAGCAACAUUGAACAUGUGCAUUUUCAACAACCAUCAACACCCAGAUAUUGUUUUGUACAACUUUGUGAAGGUGCUGAUGUUGAUUCUGUUCAAAAUCAAUUGCGAGAAGUAACCUUUGGUGGUGGGAAAAUAACAGUAGAAAAAAAAAUUAAUCAGAAAUCAAAAGAGCUUGCUCCUGAAAAAAUUGAUCCAUAUACAUUGUAUGUUGGAAAUCUACCUACAAAUAUUACUGCAGAAACUGUAAAAGCAAUAUAUCCCACAGCAUUUCGAGUAGACAUAGGUUAUGCUCAAAAGAUGAAAUACACAAGAUAUGCUUUCAUAAGUUACCAAUCUGCAGAAGCAGCUAUUAAAGCAUUUAAGGAUACUCAUAGUCUUAGCUUGGAGUCUCGAUCCAUAAUAGUAAGAUUUAGAAGACACAAGGGAGCUGUUGGAUUACCAGGCCAAAGCAAGACACCUGGGCACUUAAGUGAAGAAGCUGUGUCUAAAAGUGCAGGAAACACCAAACAACAAUCUAAGAAGUCUUCGCUUAGUAUGACAGAUGAUGGAGACAUUGGUGGUAGUGAUUUACAUGAUGGACCAAUGGAGAUUGAUGAAGACGAUUAUGACAUUCCUUAUCAUGAUGAUUUAGAUGAGCAUUACAAUUCUGACUUUGAUGAUUCCUUAUUUGAUAAUUUAAGAUCAAGUAGCAAAGAAUGCAAACGUUCUAAUAAGGAUGAGAUUUCAACUAGCAGAAAUUCAAGUACAUAUAGAGAAAGCUUGUCAAAAACGAAUAAAUCCCAACAACUCAGAGAAAAUACAUCAAGCAUGAGUGCUUCCGAUAUUUUGAAGUCAAAAGAGAAUGAGGAAAUUUCAGCAAAUGAUGCAGCAAAAAAAAAUGUUGAGCAACAAAUUGAAGAACUUAUUCCAAAUGUUAUCACGCAGCUAUUAAAAUCUAGCGAAAUAAAACAAGAACCACUAGAGAAGGAUAACAUGGAACAAUUGCUUCAAAAUCAAUUUCCAGAUUUUGCAAAUCACAUAACUGCAUUAGCUGUGGAUGCUAUUAAAAAAGAACCACUAUUUGCUGAAUAUCUUCUUCGCAAAAAGCAAGUACCGAUGCCUAUGUUGUGUGCAGAUGAAAUUAAAACUGAACCAGCUGAGCUAAAUGAAGAUGGUGAUGGUGAAAAUGAUGUCACUCUUGCAAACAUUGUACCUAAAAUUGAAGCACCUGAAAGUGAUGACCAGGAUGAUGGUGACUUAAAUAGUCUUAAAACAUCAAAGAGGACUCGAGAAGCAAUGUAUAAAAGACCACAAAAAUUUAAAAGAUACAAACCUGGAUUUGAUAAUGCACCUGCUAAUUUUGCACUACCAGAACAACCAGUGGAAGAUUUUGACAUGUCGUAUUUGUUAGACUACAUUUCUGAAGAACAGGCACAAUUUGAAGAGUUAAAUAGAGAAACUAUGGAAGCUGCAAGAUAUAUAUCAGCAAAUUUACAUAAUAUGAAUGAAACAAAUGUUUUCCCAUCAAGUACGGGAACGAAUGACAACUGUAACAACUCAUCAUCAGAUGUCACAACAUCACGUCCUGAUUUUUCUGAUACAUUUUCAAGCAAAUCUUUAACUUCAUCUACAUUUGAAUCAUGUUCACCAGUUCCGAUUCGCCUACCUAUGUCCAGACCUGCUAAUACUGAAACAAAUAUGUCCAAAAAUUUGUCUUCCGAUAGUUCUAAUUUUGUCAGUUCAUCUAUUGGAAUAUCAUCGGAUAGUAGGAAUCAAUUUAAUAUGGGAACACCACCACCAACAAGAACACCUCCAAUGCUAGGAAUGGCUGAAUCUGUUUCUGUAAAUGCGAAACCUACAGCUACCAUUUUACCUGUAGUUACAGUAUCUCCACUUGUCACUGAUAUUCAAACUUCUUCUUCAAAUGUUUCUUCAUCUGGAAAAUAUACAACAAGCUCAUCACAGUUAUCAACAAUAUCUUCAUCAACUUCAAGACCUUCAUCACAAACAGGACGACAAACAAUAUCAAUAGCAUCACAGUUUUUAUCUCCGCCUACUUCUCAUUGUACAACAGUUAAUUCACCGGUAACAGCAGUUGCACCUUUGACUUUUUCCAGUUCUGAUCAAAAAAGCUCCAAUUUAUCAUCAUUAUCUACGAAAUCUGCUUCUGGUAUCAGUCCAAAAUCUGCAGAUUCGUUAUUACAGUCUAAGGAAGCAUGCACAAGUAGUUUUGAUCAUGUUAAUAAGUCAACCAGUAGCACUCCCAAGAUAUCACGAAAAUCAUAUAUUGGAAGUUUGGACAGAGAUCCUAGUAUUCAGUUGACACCUAGUAAUGCUAAAAACAUUAAAAUAACAAAUAUUAUAAGGCCAGGUUCUAAAGCAAAAACUGGUUCCAAACCACUGGUUCGAUCUACACCAGUAUUAACCAAGCAACGUAAUUUUUUGAAAACUAGCUCAGAUUUUCAAGAGAAGCAGUCAAACUUAAAUCUCUCAUUUGAUGAAUUUUCAGAGGAUGAAGAGGAUAAUACGGACUAUGUUGCACUUCUUGGAGCCCCACCCGCAAAUUUGGAUGAUUUUAUAAACAAGACUUAA